CCCCUUUAGAUUGGUUGGAAUCUCUCCCUGAAAUUGCUCAUCCACCCCGUCCGGAAACCUGCCAGCAUCCAUCUGGAUUCCUUGAACCCCGUAGAUAGAGGUUUCAGCCUGUAACCAGAAUCAACGAUGGGGCAACACGAUAUUCGCCGUCCGUUCAAGCGUCCGGCCAUCUCCGACCAGCAACGACGCCGGGAACAGUCUCUCCUCCGCCAGGAACAGAACCGCCGCGACGCUCAGCUGCAAGCACGCCGCUUAGCCUCCACCAUUCUGUCGAUUCAGUCUGAUGACUGCGAUCCCCAAUCCCUUUCUGAAGAUCCUGACACCGAAGCCUUACCCGGAAUCGAGCAAACUGAACCCGAUAGUCGACAGAGCGACAGCUAUGAUAUCAGCCAUAUCUCUAGGAUCAGAGGAGUUGAAGCUCGCCGCUGGUUUGCUAAGCAGCUUAUGCUUCCUGAGUGGAUGAUAGACGUUCCUGAUAACCUGAGCACUGACUGGUAUGUAUUCGCAAGACCUGCUGGAAAGAGAUGUUUUGUUGUUUCCUCUAAUGGGACAACUAUCAGUAGACUACGCAAUGGCACUCUCUUGCAUCGGUUUCCUUCUGCUCUACCAAGUGGUUCGAGGACUAAUAAUAAAUCUUCUCAAUCUUAUUGCAUCCUUGAUUGUGUAUUUCACGAGUUAGAUCAAACAUAUUAUGUGAUUGACAUGGUAGGUUGGGCUGGGUUCUCGUUGUAUGAGUGCACUGCAGAGUUCAGAUUCUACUGGUUGAACACUAAGCUUGCUGAGACAGGGGCCUGUGAUGCUCCCUCAACAUACCAUAGAUAUAGGUUUAGCAGUGUUCUAGUCUACAAUUGUGACCAGGAAGGACUUCAUUCUGCUUAUACAGGGCCGGUGCCUUAUGCCAAGGAUGGUCUGCUUUUCAUUAAUAAGCAAGCACAUUAUCAAACAGGGAAUACGCCGCUUGCUUUGGUCUGGAAAGAUGAGAAAUGUAGCCAAUAUGUCAUCGAUACUGAUAAUAAAGGAGAAAUUCCAACUGAACAGCAGGUGGUUCUAGAGCUACUGGAUGGCGGAAAACUGGCAACAUCUGACGAUCCUCCUGUUAUAUUUGGAUGCCUGAAUGGAGAAUUCAUCCAAAAGACAGGACUUCACCACGGAGACCUUCUACGUUUUUCUGUUGGUGAAGGUGGAUUACUUUUGGUGGAUGGGAAGCUGGAGAGGGCAGAUUUGCAGUACCUUGGCAAACCAAAUCGUUCUCGUGCCUUUGCUGAUAGUUACUCUAAGGUGCUGUUCCAGUAUGCAGUCCGACGUUCUCCUCUACAAAUUGAACAUGUUUUUGCAUCUAUAAUAAGCGCUUCAUCGGCUAGUGAUGAAAGUGCAACUCGUGAUGCAGAGAUGGCAGGCUAAAAUGGUUCCACUUGAAAUGCAAGCAUUAUCAGUGGGAGUUAAAAACUACUCCCUACGAGAUUUGACAUCCAGAAGAAGUCGAUCGCAAGCUUUUGAAAGAUGAAGAAUGUUCAUACAAAUGACAUACAUCUCGAGCGAUAAAUUCCUCUUUUGAAUCCUGCCCACUGGUUGUGAUAUUUGUGAUCUCCGCUGGUGUGAGCAUUGAAAAGUCUGAAAUCUUCUUAUGGCCUUUGCUUGCUCAGUUAGUAUGUCUGUUAUAUUUAUUACUCUGUAUUUACUCAGUAUUUACUUUAAGAAAAAAUUCUAUAACUGGUCUUUUAUAAUAGAGAUUUUUCCAUAUU